CCACCCUCACCUACCAAUGCAGUGACUGUAACACUUUGUUAAUAUAACACAAUCUCCUUAUUACUUUUAACAAACUACUCUUAUGAACACUAUUUUCUCGAACAUCCAUAUCACUUUAAGCUACUAUUUUUUUUUAAAUUAAUUGCAAAAAUCAACAAACAAUAAAAAUAUACAAGUUUAUAACAACCAAAUUCUGUAUUUUUAUCGUUAAUUUUUAACACUAAAAAUUAAAUCAAUGAAAUAAUUCACUGCCAAAAACGUGACCAGUUUGAAUAAAAUUUUUCUAUUUUUCCGUCAAAGAGAAAAUAAAAGUUUAGUUUGAAUUGUUCAAGGAUUUGUUUAUAUUUAUAAAUAAACCAUGAGUCUUUUACUUGAAGAAGAUGAAGUUGACGAGUACAGCGAUGGAUCAGUACGGCUAAGGAAUCCCAACAUUGAAUUAAUGGACCAAGACAUUCUUUACCAUCUAGCUCUUGGGAGUGGAUCUCAUGAUCUAGUUGAAAUGUUUGGUGACAUUAAGUUUGUAUGCAUGGGAGGAACACCAAAGCGGAUGGAGAAUUUCGCCAAUUUCAUUAUGAAAGAAAUAGGUCACAAGCUUCCGACUGGUACUACUCUACUGGAUAUCAGCCAAUAUUCUUAUCGUUACUCUAUGUACAAAGUUGGUCCAGUCUUAUCAAUCAGCCAUGGAAUGGGAAUACCGUCUGUCGGAAUAUUGUUGCACGAAGUUAUCAAACUCAUGUAUCAUGCAAAAGUUCGUGACCCUAUAUUCAUCAGAAUCGGAACAUGCGGUGGAAUUGGUCUUGAAGGUGGUACUGUUGUUAUCAGUGAAGAGGCGGUUGAUGGAAUGCUCAAACCAUACUAUGAAGUGCCAAUAUUGGGAAAAAUGGUUCGACGACCAGCUAAAUUGGACAAACAGUUGGUUAAGGAGUUGAACGCAAUGGCGCAUCCAGAGGAUCCGUACGACACAGUAAUCGGAAAAACUAUGUGUACGCACGACUUUUAUGAAGGCCAAGGUCGUCUUGAUGGUGCAUUCUGCGAGUUUACGGAAAAUGAUAAAAUGGAGUAUCUUCAAAAGCUGCAAAAAGCGGGUGUUGUUAAUAUUGAAAUGGAAGCUGUAGCUUUCGCAGCGCUUACGCACCAUGCUGGUAUUAGAUCUGCCAUUGUAUGUGUUACUUUGCUAGAUAGACUGAAAGGUGAUCAGCUUAUGGCACCGAAAGAAGUCUUAGAAGAGUGGCAGAAGAGACCGCAAAUUUUAGUGUCACGAUACAUUACCAAAUAUCUGCAAACAAAAGGUCGCUUGUCACUAGAAGGCCACGGUUCGAUGGCAGUUAAAAGCCCACGGCGUUUUAAACUCGUUCAACAAGAAUCCGAAAACUACGACUAAAUCGUUAGCGUUAAAAUUUGUUCUUCAAUUUUUCAUACUUUCUUUAUUUGGAAUACAUUUAUUUUUUUUUUUUUUUUCAUCCACCGAUGCAAUUCGAAAAAUCUUGUUCUCUUAAUAAAUAUUUAUAGUACACCAAACUAAAAUAAACUUUGUGAUUCGCAAUAUAUAAUACUGGAAUGUUAUAAUUAUAAACUGAAACUUGCUGUUAUUGAAUUCAUGAAUUCAUUAAUUAGCUUCAUGGCAUUUCGAAUUAUUUAGUCUAGUUGUAUUGAAAUUAAACUUAAUUUUAAAAAGUUAACAUGAAUAUUAAUAUGAUAAUCAUUUAUUAAUGAUACUUUUAUAUCAUUAUAAAAUUUUAUAUACAAAUUUAUACUUAUUUUAAAAUGUGUUCUGUUACGUAAAUUAUUUUUUCACAAGUGUAGUACUCAAUUACUGGCAUCAGUGGAGAGGGAAUGCUAACUUUGCCACGUUUUGUUUUUUACAAAACAAGUGGUACACAAGUACAAAUGAGUGCCGGUUUUAAUAGCAUGAGAUGAAAAAAAAAAAAAUUAGAAAGGCUAUUUAAUGUUUUAAAUGAAAACGACAUUCAAUGAAAA